AUGGUUAUCAUAGGAGCCCGCGCGUAUUACAUGCACUCCGUCCUCCACGACUGGCCGGAUAAGCAGUGCAUUCCCAUCCUGGAAAACGUUAAGGCGGCCAUGAAGCCGGGGUACUCGCGCUUGUUGAUCAACGAGAAUAUCAUCCCCGAUGUGGGAGCGAACUAG